CAAAAGUUCUUCGUGGCCAUAGCGUUUCUCGAAGGGAGCGUAUGCCGCGAAAUCUGUAUGCGACGGGAUGCAUACAGUAGACGUGUACUGGGGAUUGAGUGCGACGUUUGAAACUACGAAGAAACGGAGUCAGGGAGAGAGAGGGGGGGAGUUUAUCCCCCAUUGACGGUCGCCACCUGUAAUAUUUGACCAUUCUCUCUCCAUCUUCUCUCUCUCUGUGUGGGGGUGAAGGAUUCCGAAGAGAGCUCGGUCUUUUGCGGUUUCGUUUGGUGGAAAAUCAGACAAGAAGUAGAAAUUUCGGAUUGUGGGAGAAUUAUUUCGGAGCUGGGUAGGGAACUGGAAUGGCUGAACAUCCACGCGUACCUGAAUUUGGCAACUGGGAAGGUGGAAAUCAUAUUCCAUACACAGUUUGCUUCGAUAAAGCCAGGAAGGGUCGGAGCGGAACUAAAAUGAUCAAUCCGAACGAUCCUGAGGAAAACCCAGAUUUACUGUCAGAUGCAGGAGCUCCACCUGAAGCCCCUGCUUCUAGAGCUGAAGCUGAAUCUGAGGAACCUAAACGGCAGGGAGUCGUCAGGACGGUGCAUGAGCGCAAAAUGAGCAAUGAUGAUGGGAGUCUUACACGGGUUUCGAACCAAUCUAUCCACAAAAAUAACUUGGGCAGCUUGCAUUCAAACGAGUCGAAGCAUCAAGCACAUGGAGGGCGUGGAGCAAGUUACAGUGAACCUCAGAGGAGGCCGGCUAGACCAAGCACUGGAGGGGAUCAUAGCUUUGAGAAGUCGCCGAUGCACCCCCAGGCAAGGAUCUCAGGAAGGGGGAGCGGUUCACCCUCCUGGGAAGGAAGGGGUUCCCGUGAAAGCGGCCAUGCCAUGGGCACUCCGGGGAGAUCCCGCCUGGGUUCUGCUCCUAAAGGAGAUGACUUCGUGGACAAAGGUGCCGCUGUUCCAAAAUUUGGCGAGUGGGACGAGAACAACCCGGCUUCAGCCGACGGCUAUACUCACAUCUUUAACCAAGUUCGGGAGGAGAGGCAGGGGGGAGUUCGAAUGGGACCGGACAUGCACACUCAGUCACCUUAUGCGGGUGCAGCUAGUGGAACUGCUGGCAAUAACUCAAAGGUAUUGUUGUUCCUGCUUUCCAUGGCUUAGAAAGUGAGGUCGUCUGAAUCAUAGCGACUGAUAAGCAAGUAUGUUUGGGAAGUGUGUUUGAUGAAUCCUGCGAAUCAACUCCUUUGAAGCCAAUUCAUUACCAAUCCACCUGUUGUGCUUCUUCUUUCCGAACCAGUGGAGUCGUCCGUGAGGCUGGAAGAACAUGAAAUUCCUUUUCCUUUAGAUCUUCAACUGUUAUCAUGAAAUUCUUUUUCCUUUAGAUCUUCAACUGUUAUCGUUGUGAUUCCUUACCGCACCUAAUUAAGUUCCAAUUUUGUGAUAAAAGGGGGCAUGGUUGUCCAA